UUCGUUGUGAACGGACGCACGUUGAAUCGUGCUAAAGGAAUAUAUCGCUUAUACCUAUUCUGACCAAAUGGAGUAACUUCUUUUUUACUUCUGUGUACAUGGACGUAAACUUACAAGCAACUAUGGAUAUAAUGUGUAACUCUAAUGCAAUUUACGGAGGAAGAGAGACAUCAGUGAUGAAGUCAUAAUAAUGUGUAAUAAUUGUCAUGGAACUCAACUCACGACAAUCAAGUCAGUGACAUGAAUUAGGGAAUAUAGAAAAUAAGGUUGUGGAGGGCACAACCAAAGACUUGAAUGUAAAAAUGAGAAGAAAAACUAGAAAAAUGUCUUUAACAUGCGUACAUGUACUGUAUAUACUAGUGCUAACUACUUUAAUACCAUCUUCAACACAGAAUGGCUUGGAAUUUAAUGAGUAUUUCUUCGUGGCAGAAGGAGAACCCCCAGGCACUUUAGUUGGAAUUGUGGGGGGUGCGGGCCUGGCUCCCCCAUUUUCGUCUUUGCUCCAACCAAAUGGGCAAGAUGAACGUGAAAUUAAAGACAGGUUCAAUGUAAAUUUAGAUAAUGGAGAAAUACGAACAAAAGUGAUAUUAGAUCGAGAGGAAAGAAUCAAUCAGCCAUUUGUAUUUAUUUUACUGCCAGAUAAUCCUGAAAGUGCUGUGCGUGUCGAAAUUAAAUUAACAGACAUAAAUGACAACAAUCCCACAUUUCAAAACCGGACGAAACAAUUAAAAAUUUCGGAAAAUGCUCCAGUGAAUAUGAAAAUAGCACUUGGAAGUGUAACCGAUAAAGAUUUAGGUAAUAAUAGUACUCAAAAAUGUGAAAUAAUUUCAGGAAAUAUUGACGGUGCUUUUUCUUUGGACACAAAACAAUCAGGAAGCUUUGAUACAUUAGUAGAUUUAAUUAUUAACAAACAGUUGGAUUAUGAAACAACGCAACAUUAUAAUUUAGUAGUACGUGCAUCGGAUGGCGGUGACCCGGUUCGUACAGGGGAUCUUAAUGUUCAGAUAGAGAUAUUAGAUCAAAAUGAUCACCAACCUAUCUUUAACCAAAGUCGUUAUUCUGCACUCAUUCCAGAAAAUGCCACAGUUGGCACCAGUGUUUUACAAGUAUAUGCAACCGAUUUAGAUUCCGGUGAUAACGGUCGAAUUCGAUAUUCUUUAGUUAAACAGGGUGAUCCGGAAGAGCAUUUUAUAAUUAACCCUGUGACGGGAGAAAUUACUGUAAAUAAACCCUUAGAUUAUGAAACUCACCCAAAAUAUAUUUUAGUUGUGAAAGCAGAAGAUCAGGGCUUAAAUAAACAACCUGCCAGUGUCUCUUUAGAAAUUUAUUUGAAAAAUAUUAAUGAACUUCCGGCAAAUAUUAGUCUCCAAUUUUUACAGUCUGCAAGAAUUCCAGAAAAUGUCCAAAAUGGGACAUCAGUUGCCAGAAUUUCAAUCAGUGAUCCAGACAGCCCCAAUGAUCGAAAUGUGGACGUGAGUGUAUCGUUGAUUGGAGGUAAUGGUGUUUUUGGAUUAUCAACAAAGGAUAAUGUCGUGUAUCUCAUCGUUGUGUCGAAACCACCCGAUCGAGAAAUUACCCCACACUAUAAUUUAUCUAUCAUAGCCACGGAUUCAGGCACCCCACCCCUGCGUGCAACAAAAUCAUUUACCAUUUACAUUGAUGAUAUAAACGACAACAAACCUAAAUUUACCCAAGAUGUCUAUCGAGCUAAUAUUACGGAAGUUGCAAAUCCAGGCACAUCCGUAUUCCAGGUGACGGCUCAAGAUCCAGAUGAUGGCAACAAUGCUAAAAUUACCUAUCGAAUCUUGGAACAUCGCAGUACACAAUAUGAAUGGUUUCAAAUCGAUAAUAUGACAGGAUUGAUUACUACAAAAAUGAACAUUGACUGUGAAGUGAACCCCCAUCCCUCUUUGGUGAUUUUGGCAUUGGAUGGGGGUAACCCACCACAGUCUUCUAGUGCCACCGUGGAAGUUAGUGUCAAUGAUGUGAAUGACAAUCAACCUCAGUUUGAGAAUAGUUUUUACAGCGCUGUGGUUCCGGAAAAUAAAGCUGUGGGCUCGUGUGUUUUAACAAUUAAGGCAUCAGAUCCAGAAUGUGGUAAAAGUGCGCCAGUAAAAUAUCAGCAGUCUGGAAACUCCAAUCUACAACAGGACUUUUUUGUUAAUGAAAACUCUGGACAGAUUUGCAUCAGUUCAACUUUAGAUUAUGAAAAAAUCAACAGUUAUAAUUUUCUUGUUGAAGCAAGGGAUUUAGAUGGAUUUAAAACUACAGCAGCCGUGAAAAUAACAGUCACAGAUAUAAAUGACAAUAAACCUAUAUUUGAUCCACAGAGUUACAGAGUUAAUAUAGAAGAAGAUUUUACCAUGGGUAAAACAAUUCUAAAUGUACAGGCUAACGACGAAGAUUCAAACAGUUUCGGUGAUGUUCUGUACUCUAUAGAAACAGGAAACAGUCAAUCUUAUUUUCAUUUAGAACAAACCACAGGAGUAAUUUCCCUUGCCCGUACACUCCCGCCCGGUGAACGAGUUUACCAACUUACAGUACAGGCGACAGACGGAGAUGGGGUUGAGUCUCAGAAUCCCGCUGAUGUUGUCAUCAGUGUCAUCAGACCAAAUGCCGACAGACCUAAGUUUGAGUUUAACCAAUACAGUUUCAGUAUCCAAGAAAAUGUGCGCAACAAUACCUUUGUUGGACAAGUUCAAGCUACCAUGUCAUCUAGCUCUACUUCUAUACGAUAUCAGAUUAUGUCUGGAAGUCAGAAUUGGUUUUGGAUAGAUACAAAUGGUAGAUUAUAUACCAAGGGCAACAUAGACAGAGAAACAAAGCCUUCUGUUCUACUCAAUAUACAAGCAGAAUCUACUGGCAAUUCUAUCUGGGCAUCAGCUCAAGUGAACAUUACCAUACUGGAUGUCAAUGACAACAAACCAAGAUUCUCCAUAUAUGGUAAUGGUAUCCGUCUGCCCGUGAAAGAAGAUGUAAUGAUUGGUACUUCAAUAUAUGGUGUACAUGCUACUGAUAUUGACGAUGGUUUGAAUGGAACAAUUCGAUACAAACUAAUCAACAGUCCUAAUCGAAUCUUUGAAAUUGAUGCUUUGAGUGGAGAAAUCCGCCUGAAAAACUCUCUAGAUUAUGAGACAACUCAAGAGUACGAACUUCAAAUUGUGGCUCAUGACCAAGGUUCACCCGAACAACAGAGUUCAACAGCCACGCUGACUAUCGAUGUUGUUGAUGUCAAUGAUAAUACCCCGGUCUUUACUAAAGCUAUAUAUGAUUUCAAUGUUAACGAAAGUGUGGGUAUGAAUUACAAAUUUGCACACGUUAAUGCCACAGAUUUGGAUUCUCUGCAUCAUGGUGGGCAGAUGAGCUUUGGUUUUGCCACGUCACCUUACACCAAAACAUUUGGAAUGUAUCCAACCGGGGAACUUUAUGUCAAAAGAGAACUGGACAGAGAAUUACAAGAGUUGUAUAUCAUGACAGCAGUGGUGACAGACGUCGGACAAGUUAGACAUUCUGCAUCAGCCACUGUUCGCAUCCAUAUUCUAGAUUUCAAUGACAAUCGGCCAAUAUUUACCCAGUCCGAGUAUCAUUUUAGCAUUGAGGAGAAUCAGAGAUUGGGCAGUACUGUUGGUAAUAUAGUUGCUCAAGAUAGCGAUACUGGUAUUAAUGCCGAACUGAAAUAUUCAAUCACCACUCAACAGGAUCUAUUUGUGAUUAAUCCUCAUAAUGGAGAAAUUACAACAAAAGCUGUUCUGGAUAGAGAAGAAAAGAGUAACCAUGAACUGAAUAUAGAAGUAUUUGAUAAAGGCAAGCCAUCAUUAGGAACAUCAACCACUGUUAAAAUCGUUGUUUUAGAUAUGAAUGACAAUGUUCCAAAAUUUGAGAGAAAUCCCCCGUAUGUAGAAAGUGUGGAUGAAAACAAACCAAAGGGCACCCAGGUUCUGCAAAUGGUUGCUAAGGACCCUGAUGCCUCUGAGAAUGGAACUGUUUCAUAUUUGAUAGAUCCAAAUACGACAAGUCCAGAAGGUCUGAAGAACUUUAUAAUCCAUCCCAAAACUGGUUGGAUCACCACCAAAGAAGUCUUAGAUUAUGAACAGAAAUCCAGCUAUCAGUUAGUUAUUCUGGCCAGAGACAGUGGUAGUCCAAGUAUGGAAAAAAAUGCCCGAAUUGAAAUCAAAGUUCGAGAUGACAAUGAUGAGGCACCACUAUUUCAUGCUUCUAAAGUUACUUUUGAUGUGGUUGAGAAUUCUCUCAUCCGAACCACGGUUGGUCGAGUUCAAGCGCAUGAUAAAGAUUCUGGAGAAAAUGGCCGUGUUUCUUAUUAUAUUAUGUCCGGUAAUGUGUUUAGUUUGUUUGCCGUGGAUAUCUCUAGCGGUGAAAUAUACACUAUUCGUGAUAUUGACUAUGAAGAGUCUUCCUCUCAUGUUCUGGGUAUCAAGGCCAUCGAUAAUAACAUCUUUUAUCCUAGAAGUAAUAAUAUCAGUGUUACUAUAAAUGUAAUUGAUGUUAAUGAUAACCUACCUGUGUUUGAAAAGGAUCCCAUUAUUCUUCGUACCAUCAAGGAGAAUUCACCUAUUGGACAAGUCGUGUAUACUUAUACAGCUGUUGAUCGAGAUUCAGAUCUUAAUGGUACAGUGGAAUAUUUGAUCCAAUCAGAAACAUCCUCAGGUCCCGAACCUGAUCAUGGAUCGUAUUUUACCAUUGAUCGUAAAUCAGGACAACUAAAAAUCGCUAACAACAUCAACUACGAAAAAGUUCAUCAAGUUUCCAUCAUAGUAAAAGCCCAAGAUCGGUGUCCAUAUCCUGAUGAAGUUCUAGAAUCAACUGUUACGACCAUCAUCUUCGUGAUAGAUACCAAUGACAAUUAUCCUAUAUUUGAAUCACAAACUUCAGUGAGAGUAUUUGAAGAUGAAGUGAUAGGUUAUCCGUUAUUACAUGUUAUAGCUGUAGAUAAAGAUUCGAACGAUGAUAACAGUGGUAAUAAUUUGGUUGUCUAUAAUAUCGUCUCUAGUAACGAGGAGAACUACUUCCAACUCGACUCAACAUCAGGUCUUCUUACGAUAUCUAGUCAACUAGAUCGUGAACGACAAGACAGAUAUUAUUUAAAUAUAAGUGCUGAAGAUCAUGGUUCACCUAAACGUACAUCAUAUAAACUGUUAAAUAUUAUUGUUGAUGAUGUCAAUGAUAAUGCACCACAGUUCCAAAACUCAACCUAUUAUGCCAGUGUUCCUGAAAACUCUAAUCUUGGUGCCUCUCUUAUAACUGUUUCCGCUACAGAUGCUGAUAUAGGUGAAAAUGGUAAUUUAACGUAUCUGAUACCUGAUGGAAUAGCUGAUAAUAUAUUUAUUAUCAAUCAUAAAACAGGUGUUAUAACAACUAAAACACAAUUAGAUAGAGAACAAAGAGCUACCUAUACAGUCACAGUGUAUGUGAGAGAUGGUGGUUAUCCUACACAAUAUGAUAUGACAACUAUUAUGAUAGAUGUUGAAGAUGUCAACGAUAAUUCACCAGUAUUCCAGAGUUCAUCUUAUAGUUUAAAUAUACCAGAAAACCGACCAGAAGUAUCGGUGAUGGCAUUUGUAGCUCAUGAUGCAGAUGAUGGCGAGAAUGCUGAUAUUGUCUACAGUAUAACUGGAGGAAAUGAUGGUCAUUUCUCGAUCAACAGCCGCACAGGUGAAUUAUCAUGCAGCUCUUUAGAUCGAGAGGAAAAAUUCUUCUAUAAUUUAACAAUCACCGCCCAAGAUAAAGGAAGUCCCGCUAGAAGAGGAUACACUAUUGUUUAUAUACAUGUUCUAGACGAGAAUGAUAACGAUCCUGUCUUUUCAAAACCUGAAUACUCUAAAACUAUUCGAGAAGAUGUUGCCAAGGGUGAAGUGGUUCUUCAAGUUUCAGCUACAGAUAAGGAUUAUGGACAUAAUAGCGAAGUUACAUUUUCUCUAGGAAAUGAUACUGAGGGUUUCUUUAGUGUCAAUAGCACUUCGGGUGAAAUUAUCACAAGUGGUAAUUUUGAUAGAGAAAAGAAAGGCUUCUACUCUUUUAAAAUCAUUGCCCAUGAUGGUGGAAUUUCUGGUCCAAGGAAUGCCACGGCUACAGUUCGUAUCACCCUAGAAGAUGUCAAUGAUAAUGCUCCAGCUUUUAAACAAGUCCCAUAUAAAGUAGACGUACCACAAAGUACAGGCAGUAACCAACAAGUAAUAACUGUAGUUGCCACAGAUCCGGAUCUCGGACAGAACCAACAAUUGACCUAUAAUCUACAGUCAGAAUCUGGAUCUAUAAGUCUACAGUAUUUUAAGAUUGUUACAUCAUCUGGAGAAAUUCGUACUAAACAGUCUCUAAGUGGGGCACCUAGUUAUCAUAAUCUGAAAGUUAUUGUUAGAGAUAAUGGUAGUCCACAGCUGAGCUCAACAGGUGUUGUUGAAAUAACUGUUGGUAAUGGAAAUACAAACCCACCUUUAACCUUCAGUCAAUCAGAAUAUUUUAAAUCUAUAGCUGAACAUUCAUCCCGAUCAACGCCCGUUUUACGGCUAUCAGCUUCCAGCACUGUAUCAGGCAAUAUUAAAUAUGCUUUUGCUAAUGGUAAUGAUGAAAAUAUCUUCACCGUUGAUGAAAAUACAGGAGAAGUACAGGUUGCCAAUGAUGAUAAAUUAGAUUAUGAAGUCAGUCACAGUAUACAUAUGGUUGUAUCAGCUGAACAGAAUAAUAAUUUUGCUUAUGCUGGAGUAUUGGUUAACCUAACAGAUAUCAAUGAUAAUGCACCAAAAUUUGCUCAGACUAAAUAUGUGUCUGCUGUAUGGGAGAAUAAUGAACCAGAGACUUAUGUUACAAGGGUAAUGGCACAAGAUGCUGAUAGCGGUUUUAAUGGUCGAAUAACUUAUAACAUCAUUGGUGGAAAUAAAGACAGAGCCUUUGUAAUAGAUCCACCACAUACUGGUAUAGUCAAGACUAAUAUCGAUAGACUAGAUCGUGAGAUUAGAGAUAAUUAUCGUCUAGUUAUACAAGCUAUAGAUGAAGGAGAAGAACCGAUGUCUAGUUCCUGUAUACUUAGUAUCAGUAUUAUAGAUGAAAAUGAUAACCAGCCAUACUUUCCACCUCAAAAUCCGGUCUUCUUGAAAGAAAAUAUGGAUAUUGGUUCACAUGUAACAACAGUAACAGCAAGUGACGUUGAUCCAGAUCAUAGUCUAAUCUAUGAUUUCUCUACGGACGGAAACCCAGAAAAUACAUUUAAUAUUGACAGACUGAGUGGAAGGAUAACUCUAGGUAAAACUGUGGAUCAUGAACUACGUAAACACUAUAUGAUUGGUGUUAAAGUAUCUGAUGGAAAACACACUGCUUUUACUCAAGUUGAUAUUAAUAUCGAAGAUAUGAAUGAUAACCCUCCAGUCUUUAAUCAACAAAGUUAUCAGGUAACUUUACCUGAGUUAACCUAUAGUAAUCAACAGGUGUUAACAGUUAAUGCUAGUGAUGUAGAUGAAGGUAGAAAUGCUGAUUUAACAUACUAUAUUACAGACAAUGCUUUAAACAGUUUCUACAUUGAUCAGAAUAAUGGUACCAUAUUUACAAGUAAAGCAUUAAACAUCACGUCCUCCGAAUCUAUGUUACAACUAGUUAUAACGGCUAAAGAUAAUGGUGUGCCAAAAUUAUCAUCAAUGGUAACAGUACAUAUACAAGUUACCACCAUUAAUAAAUAUGCUCCUGUCUUUAAACAAAAUAAUUACUUGGUAAACAUGAGUGAAGCUAGUUAUCGUGGAGAAUUAGUUGUCCAAGUUCAUGCAACAGAUAAAGAUGAUACACAUCGUCAAGAUAAUCUAGAUUACAAUUUAAUUAGUGGCAGUACCGACAUCUUCCAAAUCCGUCGAAAAACCGGAGAAAUAUUUCUAAAUGGUCAGCUUGAUCGUGAAUAUGUUGGACAAUAUAAUUUGAAAGUAAUGACUUCCGACCGUGGUAGACCUGUUAAAAGUUCUAUAGCCGAUGUGAAAAUCAUCGUAAAUGAUGUCAAUGACAAUGUUCCAUACUUCUUGAGAAAAGAUUAUUUUGUUCAAAUACCAGAGAAUCACACGUCGGAUACAGUUUUCCAAAAAGUUGAAGCAGAAGAUGGGGAUAUUGGUCAAAAUGCUGAGAUUCAAUACACGAUAACUUCUGGCAAUGACGAGGGUUUGUUUAUAAUCCAUGGAUCAACUGGAGGAAUAUCCAUCAUGACCGGGAUGCAACUAGAUUACGAAAGUUUCAAAUCCCACCGUUUAAUUGUUCGUGCUGUAGACUGUAAAUCAUGUCCACAAGAUAUCGCUAAACUCUCGGCAUUCGUAACCGUGGAUAUAAAUGUUACUGAUAUAAAUGACUCGAAGCCCAAAUUCCCAGUAAAUCACUAUAUCGAAGGAGUGUAUGAAAAUCGUCAAGCAACUAGUAUCGUAUUUCAAGCUCAUGCCAAUGAUAGGGAUAGCGGAAUAUUUGGAGAAGUUACUUACUCCAUCAUCCCUGGUUUAGAUUCCAAUUAUUUUACCAUCGAUUACGACACUGGCUAUGUGCGAACAAAGGCCCCGUUUGAUUAUGAAUCUAAAAACUCUUAUGAAAUAAAGAUUAGAGGAGUUGACCGGGGAGGUUUACAAAGUGAAGCAAAUGUUACGAUCCGAAUAAGGGAUGAUGAUGAAUAUGAACCAACCUUCAUAAAGACAUCGUACGAUUUUGAGAUUCCUGGUAAUGCUGAUAUUGGUGAUGUUUUGGGAAGAGUUAUGGCGACUGAUGAAGAUGGUGGAGAGGCUGGCAUGGUUUAUUAUUUCUUUAAAUUUUCCAGCAGCUACGAUUAUUUUGCCAUCAAUGCGUCUUCAGGCGUAAUAAGUGUGGCUCGAAAUUUUAAUGAAGAUGUGCCAGAAAGUGAAAGAACUUCCAACAGAUACAAGAGAGCGCUAGCGGAUGAAUCAACAUCUCUUGUUGUCGUGGCAACAUCAGGAUUAGAUGGUUCUCUGGAAUCAACAGCAACUAUAUCUGUGGCUAUUGAUCGUACCUGUGAUGGAUGUAAAUAUGUUCCCCAGACUUCACCUGGUGGAUUAAGUAAUCUUGCUCUGGCGUUCGUGAUCGUGGUUUGUAUCAUAGUCGUGUUAAUUGUUAUCGUCAUUGCAGCUGUGUUACUGAUUCGUAAGCGUAAACACACCAAGAAGAAAACACCAGCUGCUGAAACGCGAAAUUACGAUCCAGCAUUCGAUCAAGUGGCACCACAUGUUUUACACCCAAAUUCACGACCUCCACCUUACAGGGAGGUUAAUGUUUUCGACCCAAACAUCGCAAACAUUACUAGUUCUGACAUCUCAAAUCAUUCCCAUAAUUCAGCAUCUAGUGGUCGUGGUUCUGCGGAAGAAGAUGAGGACGAAGAGAUACGUAUGAUCAACUCCAACAGCUUUUUAAAUCAUUCUCAAGGUUAUUUACGUAGAAAAGUCAUGCCGGAUUCCGGUAUCCAACAAGACGACGAUAGCAUGUCCGAACCUAGUGUACAAAAUCACCAGGAGUAUCUAGCACGCCUCGGAAUAGACUCGACUAAAAUAGGUAAAAAUAAGAAGAAAACCGUGGCUCAAUCUGUGGAGAGUAUGCAUCAUUUCUCGGAUGAAGGUGGUGGGGAGGGGGAUAUAGGUAUUGACUAUAGCAAGUUAACUGAUGGGGAAACGGACGAUGAAGUGGCCAUGAUUGAUAAAAAUCGUGUCCUCGACUUCCCCAAUCCAGAAAAACAACAUGCAGGUGCUCUCUCUAAUGUUAUUAAUAGUGAGGAAGAAUAUAGUGGAUCUUAUAACUGGGACUAUUUAUUAGACUGGGGUCCACAAUACCAACCCCUUGCUCAUGUGUUUGCAGAAAUCGCGAAAUUAAAAGACGAUAAUGUGACACCCAAGAAACAACCCAUAAAAACUGUGCCACAGCGACCCACAAACAAUAAUAAUAAACUGAAUCCCCAAGUGAAAAUGUUGCCACCACCCAUGAUAACAAAUACCCCCCCUAAAGCUAUAAGUCAACCUGUAUCGAAUAGAACUAGUCAUUCUUCCGCUAGUAGUAAUCAUUCGGCUCGUGCUAGUACUAUGGAUACAUCUUUACCUAGUUUACCUCGUUCACCUAUUAGCUACGAAUCUAGUUUUACCUCCCCAGCAUUAACACCUUCGUUUACACCAUCUCUCUCUCCAUUAGCCGCAAGAACACCUUCAAUCUCUCCUGUUGUCAGCUCUCAGAUGAACUCCGCGCCCAGUUCCGGUCAUAAUACACCAGGCAGAAUUACCAUUAAAAAUGGACAAAUUGCCUUAACAUUUUCUGAUCCACAGGAAUUCCGUAUCUAAAAGACUGUGUUUGUGAUUCUCAUUUCUUAUUAAAAAAACAAUGAUUCAUUGGAUUAUUUGUGAAGUAUAUCCUUGGAUAUAGUUUAGUUUGUGUUAAUAUGCUGGAGAAAUAUAUUUAUUUAUAUUAAUUUUAAAGACUAUAGUGAAAUUUGAAAAGACAAAAUAAUCAGGAUUUGGUGACUUUUAAAAUAAGUUUCAAUCAGGAUUGGAAGUAGUGCAUAAAAUAGACAAUAUGUAACUUAAGUGUUUUUACACAUUUCUCUUGUGUACAUUAACAUUAUUUAUAUUUUUAUCAGUUUUAUUUUUCUUGCAAUACACGCAAAAAAAACUUAAAGAUUAUGUGUACAAAAAAUGUAAUUUUUUUUAUUGGACAUGCCAUAUCAUAUUUUAGUAUAUCAUCAUUGUAAAUAACAUAGACAUUAUCAUAUCACCUUUGAAAUCCUGAGUGCAAAUGAUGUGGAAUGGAGAAAAUGAUGAAUAAUUAUUAAGAUGUUAAUGAUUAAAGUUAUUUUAAUAUCAAAUGAAUAUAUAUCUUAUUUUCUAAUUUUUGUAUGAUAUUUUCUUUUUCUUUUAUCCCAGAUUUUUAUUAUAGAUUUUUUUUAAAAGACCUAAUUUAUUAAUUAACACUCGGAUGAGAUUAUAUUAAUUAUGUUUUUUUUUCUUAAUAAAUGGUGUUAAUGGUGAUGAAACGAAAAGAACGAUAUUUAUUUGUAAGUGUACAUGUAGUUGAUAUGAGAUUUUUAAAAAUUUUAUUAAAGCAUAUUUUCACAAGGUACAAUGGCAAGGGAGACAACUCACAAUCGUUUGCCAAGGAAUAUAAUUUAGGCUCAGAUUACAUAUAGCCUGUAUGCAAAUAUCUCUGCUGAUUUUCUAGUGACUUACAACUUUUUUAAUCUUAAUGUAAAUUUAUGUGUAAAUUUUUGUAAAGACAAACGGUAUGUAUAUAACGGUAUGUAACAUCAGUUUUUAUACAUUCAUCACACAUAAAAAUCAAAAUGUACGAUGUCAUGUACCCAUCAAAUGAUAAUAAAAUCUAUAAAUAUAC